UUUGUCGUCUGCUUUCCGAGAGCCGUCAAAAGAAGUCCGAAGCCGCAUCAUCAGAGAACGGCUAGACCGCAUCUUCCCUGCAUCUUUUUCUGUCAAGAACUGGAGAUGACCACCAAGCCACCAGCAACGUUUCGUCUUGCGUUGUUCAAUCCAUGCAGGGACGAUGACGGCAGCCCCACACCACAGCAAGUGCCCAUCUGCAGGCCGGACGAAGACUCGUCGUCUGCGACGAGCAGCCAAAAAGAAUUCGUCCUGGAACGGGGCAAAUGGGCCGGUAAAGCUGACUUUGUGUUCGGCUGCAUCAGCUACGCCGUCGGCUUGGGCAACGUUUGGCGGUUUCCCUACCUGUGUUACGAGAACGGCGGAGGAGCUUUUCUCAUCCCGUACUUCAUCUGCCUUAUCACCACUGCAAUCCCGAUGUUCUACCUCGAAGUGGCUAUGGGGCAAUAUCUCAGUCGAGGAGGCAUCGGAAUCUGGGACAUCGCGCCCAUGUUUAAAGGCAUUGGAAUAGCUUCGCUAACAAUAGUUACCCUAUCAAACAUCUACUACAUGGUAAUAGUGGCGUGGAUAUUGUUCUAUCUGAUCGCCUCGUUUACUCAAGUUCUGCCAUGGAAGCACUGUGGCAACCACUGGAAUACAGAAAACUGCUGGGAAUAUAACGUCACGGAUCCCGACAGCAUUCCACACAACAAAUCGGUUACUCCCAUCGUGGAGUUUUGGGAGAACAACGUCUUGGGAAUCUCAUCCGGACUGCACGAAAUUGGCGGCAUGAGGCUGGAACUCACGCUGUACCUCUUCCUUUCUUGGGCUAUCGUGUACGUCGUCAUCUGGAGGGGUCUUCAUCAAAGUGGCAAAAUCGUGUGGGUGACUGCUAUCUUCCCCUACGUGUGCCUCUUCAUCCUUCUAGUCAGGGGUGUGACCCUCGAAGGCUCCUUGGACGGGCUUCUGUUCUACAUCACACCCGACUGGUCUCAGCUUCUCAACGCUAAGGUAUGGGUGGCGGCUGGCACUCAAGUCUUCUACACUUUUGGCAUUGGCGUCGGCUCAGUAGUAACGCUGGGAAGCUACAACAAGUUCCAUCAGAACUUUUUCAGGGACUCGGCCAUUGUGUGCACCAUUAAUCCGCUGACGAGCAUGCUGGCAGGCACCGUCAUUUUCUCUGUCUUGGGCCACAUGGCACAACUUGCCCACAAGAGCGUAGGAGACGUUGUCAAGUCAGGUCCAGGUUUGGCCUUUUUGGUAUAUCCUGAAGUCGUAACAAGGAUGCCAGCUUCCACAGUGUGGUCCAUCCUAUUCUUCAUGAUGCUUCUAUGUCUAGGUAUUAAUAGCCAGUUCUGCCCUUCCGAAGCCAUUGUCUCAGGAAUCAUGGACCAGUGGCCAAAGCUUGUUGAAAGGAGGAAGUUGAUCACCUUGUUAAUGGUCAUCUUCCAGUUCCUCCUUGGUCUUCCAAUGGUCACGCAGGGUGGCAUGUACCUAUUACAACUGAUGGACAACUAUGCCGUCACAGGCAUCACCCUCCUAUUUAUAGUAUUCUUCCAAGCUAUCACGCUAUCAUGGAUCUAUGGGACGAGCAAUAUAUCGGACAACAUCAAGGCCAUGCUUGGUCGGCGCCCCAACAUUUUGUUCAGGAUUAGCUGGACUUUCGUUGUACCUGCCAUGUGUGUGGGCAUCUUCUUGUUCUCUGUGAUCAAGUACGCACCACCGGUAUAUGCCAAGACAUAUGAGUACCCAUGGUGGGGAGAGAUGCUCGGCUGGUUCAUGGCACUCGUCUCAAUGCUCAUGAUUCCUCUUUACAUGCUGUACUUUGUAUUCACGACGCCGGGAUCCCUAAGAGAGAAAAUCACGGCCGGCAUCACGCCUCAGUCAUCAUCGAGCGAGGACGAGAAAGUGGAAAAGAAGUACAUCUUCAGCAAUACGGCGCUUCAGGCCUAGGAACCACGCACGUAGGGGGGGUUGACUCACACCAUCGUCACCGCUGCACAUAGACGACAUUGUAUCUAUGCAUCUCACUCAUCUAACGUAUUUACUUCACCCAAUGCAUACCUGAAUCUGCGACCACUGUAAUUUAUGCACACACUCAAUUUUUUAUAAAGCAGACUCUUCUUUUUUAUACCUAUCAAACAA